ACCACGCAGCUCAACAUGUCCGUGACAGAUCCCACAGCCUGGGCCACCGCCAUGAAUAACUUGGGCAUGGUUCCCGUGGGGCUGCCUGGACAGCAGCUCGUGUCCGACUCAAUCUGUGUCCCAGGCUUUGAUCCAGGCCUCAACAUGAUGACUGGGAUCACCCCCAUUAACCCAAUGAUACCAGGCCUGGGGCUUGUACCACCCCCACCGCCAACAGAAGUGGCUGUCGUCAAAGAAAUAAUCCACUGCAAAAGUUGUACUCUUUUCCCUCAAAAUCCAAAUCUUCCUCCUCCUUCCACAAGAGAACGACCUCCUGGGUGUAAGACCGUGUUUGUCGGAGGAUUACCAGAAAAUGCUACGGAGGAAAUUAUUCAAGAAGUCUUUGAGCAGUGCGGUGAUAUUACAGCCAUUCGGAAAAGCAAGAAGAAUUUUUGUCACAUUCGAUUUGCCGAGGAAUUCAUGGUUGACAAAGCCAUUUACCUUUCCGGUUACCGGAUGCGAUUAGGGUCCAGCACGGACAAAAAGGACUCGGGCCGCCUGCACGUGGACUUUGCCCAGGCCAGGGACGACUUCUACGAGUGGGAAUGCAAGCAGCGGAUGCGCGCGCGCGAGGAGCGGCACCGGCGCAAGCUGGAGGAGGACCGGCUGCGGCCGCCCUCGCCGCCGGCCAUCAUGCACUACUCGGAGCACGAGGCCGCGCUGCUGGCCGACAAGCUGAAAGAUGAUAGCAAGUUUUCAGAGGCUAUCACAGUGCUCCUUUCCUGGAUCGAACGAGGGGAGGUGAAUCGGCGUUCUGCAAACCAGUUCUAUUCCAUGGUGCAGUCAGCCAAUAGCCACGUCCGCCGGCUGAUGAACGAAAAAGCCACCCACGAACAGGAGAUGGAAGAGGCCAAGGAGAAUUUUAAAAAUGCCUUAACAGGAAUCCUCACUCAAUUUGAGCAGAUUGUGGCCGUUUUCAACGCUUCUACCAGACAAAAAGCUUGGGACCAUUUCUCGAAAGCUCAGCGCAAGAACAUAGACAUUUGGCGAAAGCAUUCUGAGGAGCUCCGGAAUGCUCAAAGUGAGCAGCUCAUGGGCAUCCGCCGUGAAGAAGAAAUGGAAAUGUCAGAUGAUGAGAAUUGUGACAGCCCUACUAAAAAAAUGCGAGUCGAUGAAUCAGCCCUGGCCGCUCAGGCCUACGCUCUCAAAGAGGAGAACGACAGUCUCCGUUGGCAGCUGGAUGCCUACAGGAAUGAGGUGGAGCUGCUGAAACAAGAGAAGGAACAGCUUUUUCGAACAGAGGAAACCGUCACCAAGGACCAGCAGCUGCAGUUCCUGCAGCAGACCAUGCAAGGCAUGCAGCAGCAACUGCUGACCAUCCAGGAGGAGUUAAACAACAAAAAGUCAGAACUGGAACAAGCAAAGGAAGAACAGUCACAUACGCAGGCAUUACUUAAAGUCCUCCAGGAACAGUUAAAAGGUACCAAGGAAAUGGUCGAGACCAAUGGCCACAGCCCUGAGGACACAAAUGAAAUCAAUGUGUUGACAGUCGCAUUGGUCAACCAAGACCGAGAGAACAAUAUUGAAAAAAGAAGCCAAGGCUUAAAAUCAGAGAAAGAAGCUCUGCUAAUCGGGAUCAUAUCAACGUUUCUUCACGUCCAUCCUUUUGGAGCCAAUAUAGAGUAUCUCUGGUCAUACAUGCAGCAGCUGGACUCCAAGAUAUCUGCAAACGAAAUCGAAAUGCUUCUGAUGAGGCUGCCACGCAUGUUUAAACAGGAAUUCACAGGCGUGGGAGCAACGUUGGAAAAAAGGUGGAAGCUGUGUGCCUUUGAAGGAAUUAAAACGACUUAACUGUGAAGAGCCAGCAAGUCUCUGGAGACGAAACCACCUGACUGGGCCAGGGCUGUGCAGCGUGAGCACUGGAAGCUGGGGUUGGUCCGGCCUGGGGCCCCUGUGGAGCCAUCGGGGCCUGACUUCAGUUACAUCUGUGGCGUUCUCCUGUGAGUGGAAAUGUGAUUGUGUACCAGUUCCCUAAAACAAAGCUUCAUACUGUGACAGGUCUGUUUCCUAUGAACACCAACGAUUCCAGUCAUAAUGACGGCAAAAUUUUAAAAUAUGCUACAUUUGAGAAUAGCUCACCCAGCAAAAUACUUAAAGUUCAUGACGGUGUAGCAAUGGUCGUCGCUAGGCUACGGAGUUGUAUAUGUAAUGUAUAGCUGAAAUCAGUCAAUGACAUUUUCCUGAAAGCCUUUCUGUUUUACUAAAAAAAUAAA